AUGAGGAAUGUCUCAGUGGUGACCGAGUUUAUCCUCCUGGGCAUCCCACACACAGAGGAUCUGGAGACCAUGCUUUUUGUCCUGUUUUUGUCCUUCUACAUCUUCACCCUUAUGGGAAAUCUGCUCAUUUUACUGGCAAUUGUCUCCUCCACUCGACUUCAUACUCCCAUGUACUUCUUCCUGUGUAAACUGUCUGUGUGUGACAUAUUUUUUCCCUCUGUGAGUUCCCCCAAGAUGCUCUUCUACCUCUCAGGGAAUAGCCGAGCCAUUUCCUACGCAGGCUGUGCAUCCCAGCUCUUCUUCUACCAUUUACUGGGCUGUACUGAGUGUCUCCUGUGCACAGUGAUGGCCUACGACCGCUUUGUUGCCAUAUGUUACCCUCUGCGCUACACAAUAAUUAUGAGCCACAGAGUGUGUGCCAUUCUAGCCCUGGGAACCUCAUUUUUUGGCUGUAUCCAGGCCACCUUUCUAACCACUCUCACCUUCCAAUUGCCCUACUGUGGCCCCAAUGAAGUGGACUAUUUCUUCUGCGAUAUCCCAGUGAUGCUGAAGCUGGCUUGUGCAGAUACCUCCGCCCUGGAGAUGGUGGGGUUCAUCAGUGUGGGCCUCAUGCCCCUCAGCUGCUUCCUUCUCAUCCUCACCUCCUACAGUCGCAUUGUCUACUCCAUCCUGCAGAUUCGCUCUGCGGAGGGCCGACGUCGCGCCUUCUCCACCUGCAGUGCCCACCUCAUUGCUAUUCUACUUUUCUACAUGCCAGUGGCCCUCAUCUACCUAAGGCCCACCCCAAGUCCCUGGCUGGAUGCCACUGUUCAGGUCCUGAAUAACCUGGUCACUCCCAUGCUGAACCCCUUGAUCUACAGCCUCAGGAAUAAGGAGGUAAAAUCAUCCCUGAGGAAAGUCUUAUAUCAACUGGGCUCCACAUUUUCUGUAUAA